AUGAGUGAUUUACCAAUUGACUUCACGGAAUUGGUGGAUUUGACGUCGAUUGGUAUUUCCCCUCAGUCUCUCGACUUCAGAUCGACUACUUUCGAAAGCGAUCGGUUUGUCACCGUCAGAGAAACCAACAAUGGCGCCAAUUCGGUGGCGAUAGUCGACCUUCAGAAUGGAAACCAGGUAAACCGCAAAAACAUGGGGGGAGACUCCGCGAUUAUGCACCCCUCGCAAAAUGUCAUUUCCGUUAGAGCCCAGGGCACCGUGGUGCAGAUUUUCAACCUCGAUACUAAAUCCAAGCUCAAAUCUUUCACACUGGCAGAGCCAGUACUGUUCUGGAAGUGGCUAAGCGACGACACUUUGGGUUUCGUAACAGCCAACUCUCUCUUUGUCUCCAACGUUUUCGACGGGGACACGUCCAGACAGCCCACCAAGCUGACCCAGAGACACUCCAACCUCAAAAAUGCUCAGAUCAUCAAUUUCGUGGCUAACGCCCAACUCAACUGGUUUGCAGUAGUUGGAAUUAUACAGGAGAAUGGCCGCAUUGCCGGAAAAAUCCAACUUUUCUCUAAAGCUCGUGGUAUUUCUCAGGCCAUCGAGGGCCACGUUGCCACAUUCUCCAACAUACUGCUGGAGGGAAACUCCUCUCCUGUUCAAGUUUUCGUUACCGGUAAUAAGACGGCUUCGGGUACCGGAGAGCUGCGGAUUAUUGAAAUUGACCACGACGCUUCCAAUCCGGUCGCUUACCAGAAGAAAAAUGUCGACAUUUUUUUUCCUCCCGACGCUGUAAAUGAUUUUCCUAUAUCCGUACAAGUUUCGGAAAAGUAUGGUGUUGUCUACGUAUUGACGAAGCAUGGUUUUAUCCACUUAUAUGAACUUGAGACCGGUGCAAACCUUUUUGUCAAUCGUAUUACCGUUGAGCCUGUUUUCACAGCCUCUACGUAUAAUGGGAAAAAUGGUAUUGCCUGCAUCAACCGCAAAGGUCAAGUGUUGGCUGUUGAAAUCUCUAAAGAUCAAAUCGUUCCUUAUGUUUUGAACAAGCUGUCUAAUGUUUCGCUAGCUCUGACGAUGGCAUCAAGAGGUGGCUUGCCAGGCGCUGAUGAUUUAUUUAUGAAACAGUUUGAUUCCUUGCUCGCCACGGGAGACUACCAAAAUGCUGCCAAAGUUGCAGCAUCAUCCCAACAGUUGCGCACUCAGACGACAAUCAACAGGUUGAAGAACAUUCAAGCCGCCCCCGGUGCCAUAUCUCCAAUCUUAUUGUAUUUUUCAACUCUGCUGGAUAAGGGUAGGUUGAACAAAUACGAGACCAUAGAACUGGCGAGACCUGUUCUACAACAAGAUCGUAAGCAAUUAUUUGAGAAGUGGCUCAAAGAAGACAAACUCGAAUGUUCUGAGGAGUUGGGUGAUGUGGUAAAGGGAUUUGACACGACGCUAGCUUUAGCAUGUUAUCUAAGGGCAGAGGCUCACCCAAAAGCUAUCUCCUGCUUGGCUGAACUUCAACAAUUUGACAAGAUUUUGCCAUACGCUCAAAAGGUGGGUUAUCAACCCAACUACGUCGUUUUGAUCUCCAACCUGCUUAGAUCUUCACCCGAUAAGGCUUCAGAGUUCGCGAUUAGUCUCCUCCAGUCGCCCGAAACCUCCUCUGAACUGGACGUUGAGAAGAUUGCCGAUAUCUUUUUUACUCAAAACUUCAUCCAGCAAGGUACCUCUUUCCUAUUAGAUGCUUUGAAAGGCGACACGCCUGACCAGGGCCACCUACAAACCCGCGUCUUGGAGGUCAAUCUGCUUCAUGCUCCUCAAGUAGCAGAUGCUAUCAUGGGAAAUAAUAUUUUCAGCCAUUAUGAUAAGCCCACCAUAGCCUCCCUUGCCGAAAAGGCCGGCUUGUAUCAAAGAGCUCUUGAGAAUUACACAGAUAUCAAGGACAUUAAGCGCAGUAUUGUGCAUUCCAGCACAAUUCCGGCCGAUUGGCUUGUGAAUUAUUUCGGCAAGCUCAACGUCGAACAAAGUGUGUCUUGUUUGAGAACGCUUCUAGAUAACAAUCUACAGGGAAACUUGCCAAUUGUUAUCCAAGUUGCUACCAAGUACUCAGACCUCAUUGGAUCUAGUGUGCUAAUCAAAUUGUUCGAAGAAUAUAGAGCAACAGAGGGCCUUUACUACUAUUUGGCGUCACUUGUCAACCUCACAGAAGACAAGGAUGUGGUUUUUAAAUUUAUCCAAGCUGCAGCAAAGGCUGGUCAGUACAAAGAAGUGGAGAGAAUUGUUAAGAGCAACAACGUUUAUGAUCCAGAAAGAGUCAAAAACUUGUUAAAGGAUUUGAGACUACCUGACCAAAUGCCACUGGUCAUAGUUGCCGACCGCUUCGGGUACAUUCACGAUUUGGUGCUAUACUUAUACAAAGCACAGGACUUCAAAUUUAUUGAGGUGUACGUUCAGCAGGUAAAUCCAACUAGGACCCCUCAAGUAGUGGCUGCUUUGUUGGAUGUUGAUUGUGAUGAGAAAAUUAUUCAAAAUCUACUUGGAACGGUUUUGGGUCAAGUCCCUAUUGGUGAGUUGACUACAGAAGUUGAGAAAAGAAACAGACUCAAGAUUUUACUACCCUUCUUGGAGGAAACUCUGCGCCAAGGCACCCAGGACCAGGCCGUUUACAAUACGCUCGCCAAAAUUUAUAUUGAUUCUAACAACUCCCCAGAAACUUUCUUGAAAGAAAACAACCAGUAUGAUACACUAGAUGUUGGCCACUACUGUGAAAAGAGAGAUCCUUAUUUGGCUUAUAUCGCGUAUGAAAAGGGAGCAAACGACGAUGAUUUGAUCAGAAUUACGAAUGAAAAUAGCAUGUACAAAUACCAGGCCAGAUAUUUGUUGAAGCGCUCAGACCUCAACUUGUGGGGAACAGUUUUAGGUGACGAAAACAUGCAUAGACGUCAGUUAAUUGAUGCAGUGGUGGGGUCCGGUAUCGGCGAGUUGACGGACCCUGAACCGGUAUCUUUGACUGUGCAAGCGUUUAUGAGCAACAAUCUCAAAGGCGAAUUAAUUAAGCUUCUCGAGAAAAUUAUCCUCGAACCUUCUCCGUUUAAUGAUAAUUCAGCUCUACAGGGACUCUUAAUGCUUUCCGCUAUCAGGUAUGAACCAUCUAAAGUUUCGUCGUACAUUGAAAAACUAGACCAAUAUGACGUGGACGAAAUCUCUCCCAUGUGUAUUGAGAAUGGGCUGAAUGAAGAGGCGUUUGAGAUUUACAACAGGAACGAAAGAUUCGAUAAGGCACUCCAAGUAUUGGUUGAAGACAUCAUGUCUCUAGAUCGUGCCGAAAGCUAUGUUGACAAAAUCAACACUCCAGAACUAUGGUCUCAUCUUGGUGCUGCCCAGUUGGUAGGGCUGAGAAUUCCAGAAGCCAUUGACUCCUACAUCAAAGCUAACGAUCCUUCUGCGUACGAGAAUGUCAUCGACGUCGCGGAGCAAGCUGAGAAAUACAAGGAGCUUGUUCCUUACUUGUUGAUGGCUCGGGCUUCUUUGAAAGAGUCGAAAAUUGAUAAUGCCUUGAUUCUAGCUUAUGCUGAAUUGGACAAACUACAUGAAAUCGACAAUUUGCUCAGUAGUUCUACAGCCGCCAAUUUAGACUCAGUUGGGGGUACACUCUUCGAAAAGAAAAGUUACAAGGCGGCAAAGCUUUGUUUUGCGGCAGUUUCAAACUAUUCCAAGUUGGCAACUACGCUUGUUUAUCUAGGUGAUUUUCAAACUGCAGUUGAUACCGCUAGAAAGGCUUCUAAUGUUAGGGUUUGGAGAGAGGUAAGCGAUGCAUGUGUGGACAGCAAGGAGUUCAGGCUAGCGCAAAUCUGUGGAUUAAACCUAAUUGUACAUGCCGAAGAAUUAGAAGAGCUUGUGGAAAAGUACGAAUCACAUGGAUAUUUCGAAGAGCUGAUCUCGCUCUUUGAAGCUGGACUGGGUCUAGAAAGGGCUCAUAUGGGUAUGUUCACCGAGCUUGCCAUUUUGUACACCAAGUACGAUUCCAAGAAAACCUAUGAGCAUCUCAAACUUUUCUGGUCGAGAAUCAACAUUCCCAAAGUUAUUAGAGCUGUUGAGGCUGCUCAUUUGUGGACGGAACUUAUCUUCCUUUAUGCGCAUUAUGACGAAUGGGAUAACGCGGCGUUGACAAUGAUUGAAAAGACUGCGGAUGAUUUCGAUCACUCUUAUUUCAAAGAAAUUGUGGUCAAAGUUUCGAACUUAGAAAUUUAUUACAAAUCUAUCAAUUUCUAUGUCAAAGAGCAUCCUUCUCUGCUAAUUGAUUUGAUGACGGUCUUGACAACAAGAUUGGAUAUUCCUAGAACAAUUCGUAUCUUCACGAAGUCUGACAAUUUACCUCUUAUCAAGCCUUUCCUAGUUAACGUUUUACCAACGAAUAAUUCGAUCGUUAACCAGGCGUACCACGAUUUGAUGAUCGAAGAGGAAGAUUAUAAGGCGCUUCAGGAUGCUGUUGAUUCCUAUGACAAGUUCGACCAGCUGGAACUCGCAUCUCGCCUAGAAAAGCAUGAUCUCAUUUUUUUCAAAAAGAUCGCGGCACAGCUUUACGCCAGGAACAAAAAAUGGAGCAAGAGUUUGAUGAUUUACAAGGAGGAGAAGCUCUGGGCCGAAGCUAUUAGAACGGCGGCCCUUUCGCAAAGCGCGGAUGUAGCAGAGGAGCUUCUGGUGUAUUUUGUGGAAACCGAAAAUAGAGAAGCUUUUGUGGCUUUGUUGUACACUGCGUACCAUCUCAUCAACUAUGAUGUGGUCUUGGAGUUGGCAUGGCUACAUUCGUGGGAGCAACUAAUCAAGCCUUACGAAAUCUCUGUUAAAAAAGAACAGCAAUUGGCGGUUAGGAAACUGCUCGAAGACUAUAACAAGAAGGGAGAAGCUGCAGACGCCAGCGAUGCAAACGGGCAGCCACUUUUAUUGACCAACGGCCCAGUCAACUACCAAACAACCGGUCAAGCUUUUGGAAACUUCAUGUGA